AGUGUUGUCAUUCACAAACAUGUCCAUCAUCAUGUCCGUUAAAGACACGUUUUCUCUUUUAUUCUGAUCGUCCUUUCUCGUGUCACGAUGAGCAGCGUUUGCAGGGAGGUGGUCACCCUCCAGCUCGGACAUUAUUCAAACUUUGUCGGGACUCACUGGUGGAAUUUACAGGAUGCGUCUUUAUCGUACGACCCAGAGACGGCACUAGGUGAGAUCCAGAGCGAUGCCGUGUUUCGUGAGGGACGGACCCUCGGCGGACAUGUCACCUACACACCUCGCCUCAUUGCCAUGGAUCUCAAAGGAAGUCUUCGGACUCUACGGCAGGAAGGAAGUCUGUACGAUCCCGGCAAAGAUCCCGCCGCUGUCACAUGGGAGGGAAGCCUAAUGACGCAUAAAGAAAGUCCUCCUGCGAAGAACUCGUUUCUAGAAGAUCUGGACAAACUGGAUAUGGGAGAGAUCCUGGCUCAGGCUGAUUGUCACUCCAACUCGCAGCCUCACCACUCAGCAUCAGACUCACUGAGCGUGGACACGGUGAACAGCCGGCUAGAUCGCAUCCAGAAGGGCUACAAGCUGGAGGGCAGCGUGAAGGUGUGGUCCGACUUUCUUAGGAUCCACCUGCACCCUCGCACCAUCUCCGUCAUCCACCAGUACAACCACGACGGGGAGGCUCACCGUCUGGAGGCUUUUGGCCAGGGAGAGUCUCUCCUGCAGGGGUCGGUGCUCGAGGAUCUGGAGGACAAACUGCACUUCUUCGUGGAGGAGUGCGAUUACCUUCAGGGUUUCCAGGUGCUGUGUGACUUGGCCGAUGGCUUUGCCGGUUUGGGGUCAAAGGUCACAGAGAUGCUACAGGACUCCUACAGUGGGAGAGGCAUCCUAACCUGGGGGCUGGCACCUGUCAGUCACCCAAAUUCAACUCCGAUGAAGGAUUUCUACCACAUGUUAAACUGCACAUUAGGGACGGUGAACAUGGCCAAUCACAGCUCUUUCUUCUGUCCGUUGACCCUGCGCGGUGGACUGGGCAGACGACCCGGAUCUCCUGUAGCUUUUCCUCAUCUAAACUAUGAUCCCUCACUGUGGUACCACUCCAGCUCCGUCCUGGCUUUGGCUCUGGAUGCACUCACUAUGCCGUACAGGCUGCGGAACAACAGUGUCCCCAUGUGGCAGGUGGCCGAUGCACUGACCAUGUCGGGGAGAAAGGUGGUGGCCGCUUACGGUGCCGUCCCCUUUCCAAUGAUGCAUGGUGGCUCUCUCCCCGACGCCCUUAGUGCCUGUGCAGACUCGCUGCCGUGGAAACCUUUAUCAACGUGCCCCGAGUUAGCCGAUGGUCGAUGCUACGGCCAGUGGGCGACACUCAAAGGCUUUGAAGGCCAGAACCUGAUCAGCUCUCUGUCUCCGGGGACGCAGCCGCCCACUCCUCUGCACAGCCUCUACAGCGGAGAAGACAUCCUAGCGUCGUACAUCAGAUCUUUCUAUCCUACAGCUCCUCUGGCUCUGCAGCUGGUGUCCACACCCAGUAAACUGACGCCACCUUUCCCUCAGAUGUUCAGCCAGUCCCUCUGUGCUCAGGGCUUCCUGCAGAGCCAGUCUCCUCCACCUGGCUCUCCGGCCCCUGUGGUCUCCUCUGUACCCGUCAUGACUUCCCUCCAGUCGGGUCCCGCGCUCGACCCGUGGCUGUCAGAACUGCAUCGAGGCGCCAGUGCUUUCGACAUCCGCCGUGUGACCCCAAGCUUUCUUACCCAUGGGCCCGAAAUGGCAGACUACCAGGAGACUCUGGAGCAGCUGCGCCACAUGGCUCGAUGUUACCGAGACGACAGCAGCGGCGUGAUGCGUUCUUCAUCUGAAGAGGAUGAUGAUGAUGACUGACACUGACAAGUCUCGCUCGGUUGAUCUGGAGAGACUGAUGUCUGCUUAUGUGACUGGAAUCAGUCUGCUUUGUUUACAAGCCUGCAUGCACACAAACAAACACAGGCAGACGAGGAGCUGUGCCUUCCUGAAGGACCAGGACUUUAACGGUUUUAAAAAAACUUGUAGGUUGAAACAAAAAUAAUACUGAUGAAACUCUGCUGCAUAGGAGGGAAUAUUAAGACGAUAAAGGAGGAAAUACAUGUAGUAUUCAUAUGAUGAAUGCAAAUGUUUGGAUUGUGGUUACAUUUCCUUAAAUGACUGUUUGUCUGUAAUUAAAUGAUUUUAUACGAAGCGUACACUAUAAAUGCACUGUUUUUACAGAAUGAUGUAAUUGUUGAAUCUCUGUGCUGAGCAGGUAGCAGUGACCUCUGACCUUUGGUUCAGUUGAAAGAGUGUUGUGGAGCAAGGGACGGCAGAAAGAUGAAGUGGAGACUGCAGCACAAAAUGUGAUGGUUAAAGGGGUCACAUGAUAUAAUCUGUCUCUGAUCUGUCUGAGUGAGGAUUAGACAGCUUCCAGUCUGGUGCUCUAAUUCCAUACUGCACUGCGCUAAUGCUGAGCAGCUUUUCAGUAUGUAACUGUGUUCAUACUUAUAAAAGUGACAAAAUGAAGUAUACUUAAGUGUCAGUAUGCAUACUUGAACACACAAGUGCUCCUCAUAGAAACUAUUAUCUCAUAAUG